CGCCAACCCCCACGCUGCGCUCCCCCUGCCCAACCCCGCGGUCAACAUCUCCUCGGCCUCGACUUUCCAGGGCCGUGGCCAAUCGGGCGCCGCCACGCGUCUCGCGGCCGUUCGCGCGCUCCCACUGGAUAAACCAUCGACGCCCACGGGCUGGCGCCCAAAGCGUGAUUACCAUCUCCUUCGCUAAAUCGCUGGAAAAGGAACCAGCGGCAUGGCCUCCUUCGUCGGCGACUCGCCGCCGCCCGCCGCCGGCUCGGCCCGGCCCCUCGACGGCGACGGCUACGCCGGGUUCGACUACGAGGCCGACUCGCUGCCGCCGGCGUUCGGCGCUCCGCCGUACGGGUCGGCCGAGGAGGCGGCGGAGGGUGGCGGGUUCUCGCCGGAGCAGAACGGCGAGGGUUCCCGCGGGGGUUUCGGCGAGACGGACAGCCCCAUCCUGCCGCCCCCGGCGGACAUGCAGCCGGAGGAAGGGUUUGCUCUGAGAGAGUGGAGGAGGAAAAAUGCGAUCAGGUUGGAGGAGAAGGAGAAGAGGGAGAAAGAGCUGCUGGCGCAGAUCAUUGAGGAGGCGGAGCAAUACAAGAUUGAAUUCUAUCAGAAGCGCAGCAUAUCGGUGGAGAACAGCAAGUCUUCCAAUAGAGAAAGGGAGAAGUUAUUCUUGGCCAACCAGCAGAAGUUCCACACUGAAGCUGAGAAGGACUAUUGGAAGUCAAUUGCAGACCUCGUACCCCGUGAAGUUCCAACAAUUGAGAAAAGGGGGAAGAAGGAGAAGGAGAAGAAGCCCUCCAUCGUGGUUAUGCAGGGACCGAAACCCGGGAAGCCAACCGAUCUCUCGAGGAUGCGUCAGAUACUUAUCAAACUUAAGCACAAUACUCCUCCCCAUAUGAAACCUAAACCCCCAGAAGCAACAGAAUCUAAAAAAGAUGCUAAACCUGUGGCACCAGCUGCUGGUGCAACCACAGCUGCUCAAGCUCCCCCUAAGGCUGCUGCAGCAGCAGCUCCGAAGGUUUCAUCUAGUGCUUGAGCGCUCUUGGUGCGGACCUGCAAUUGAUGGUUGCUAGUAUUAAAGAGUUAUAGAUCCAUGUCAGGACAUUAAGUUCGAGUGCAGUAAAUCUUAGGACUUUAGUUUAUGUGCAUGUUGUAUAGAUCCAGUCUUUUUCUGUGCAGAAUUUAGAAAAAAAAAAACUCUAGCCCUUGUACUUUUGGUGUCAGUUUUGUCAGUUUUAAUAUUCUGGUGUGUGUGUUGUGUUUAUAUUGUCUCUGCUUGUAAAAUUUCUUGUCCUGUAUCAUGCUGUUUCAAGUUCUAGUUUUCCUCCUCCA